GAGCGGGUGACGGUUUCCCUGGAGACGGCGACCGAUGAAGACCCGGGCGGCCCGCGGGCCUGAGCCGGGGCCUGGGCCUGGGGUCGACACUGAGCCGUGUCAAAGCCGGGCCGGCUGGGCGGCCAACUGGCUGCUCUUCUCCCUGGUGUCUGCCGUGUACCUGCGGACCCUACACCCGUCUGUUCCGGGCGGGGACUCGGGUGAGCUGAUCACUGCUGCAUGUGAGCUCGGAGUGGCACAUCCUCCCGGUUAUCCCUUGUUCACUCUUUUGGCAAAACUGGCAAUAACGUUUGUCCCACUGGGAUCAGUUGCAUUCAGAGUGAAUUUGCUCAAUGCGAUGCUUGGGGCAGCUACGGCAUCUUUGCUAUUUCACACAGUUCUCAGAUUGUCUGGUUCAUGUGCUGGAGGCAUACUCGCGGGCGGGCUGUUUGCGUUCUCCCAGCUGGCAUGGCGGUGGUCCACAGCAGCGGAGGUGUUCAGCCUAAACAAUUUCUUUGUGGGUGUCCUGAUGGUCCUCGUGGUCAGCUUCAGCACAGCACCUACAGCACAAGAAAGGUCAAAGAUUUCCAGGCUGGGUGCAUUCUGCUGUGGCCUGAGCCUGUGCAAUCAGCACACUAUCAUUCUCUACUUGAUGUGCAUCAUUCCCUGGGUUUUAUUCAGACUGCAGCAAAAGAAGGAACUCUCUCUGGUAGCCCUGGUGUGGUUAGGCCUGUGCUUCAGCGCUGGCUUACUCCCGUACCUGUACCUUCCCAUCUCAUCCUACCUCAACCAAGCUCGCUGGACCUGGGGAGAUCAGACCACCUUGAGAGGCUUUAUCACCCAUCUCUUACGGGAGGAGUACGGGACAUUCAACUUGGCCAAAUCUGAGUCAGGCUCGGGGAUGCUUCAGAUGUGCAGUUAUCAGAUGACACAAAUGAAGAGGGAACUCACAGCUGCAGGGCCAGCACUAGCACUUGCAGCUGUCCUGCGCCACGGCUUCAGAAGGUCUCCUCAGGGUUCCGUCCUUUGGCUGUUCACAGUCAUGCUCUGCUUGUACUCUCUGUUCUUUUCGUGGAGAGCUAAUUUGGAUAUCACCAAACCUCUCUUCCUAGGAGUGGUAGAAAGGUUCUGGCUGCAGAGCAAUCUAGUGGUGUGUGCUCUAUCAGGCUGUGGUCUGGCUUCAGUCUGCUCCACGCUGCAGAGAUUAAUUGGAGUCAAAGAGAUUGGUGAACGGGCUGAGUGGCUGACAGCCAUUGUCCUCAUUGCACUUCAACUGCAUUUCAACUUCAGGAACUGUAACCAAAGUAGUAAUUACGUUGUUGAUAAGUUUGCAAGAAACAUCUUGGAGAGCAUGGAUUCGAACGCUAUUAUCCUGAUGAGGGGAGACCUGCCAGGAAACUCUUUACGGUACCUUCACUAUUGUGAAGGACAGAGACCAAACAUCAGCCUGGUGGAUCAGGAGAUGAUGACUUAUGAAUGGUACUUGCCUAAACUAGCAAAGCAUCUGCCUGGAGUACACUUCCCAGGAAAUCGGUGGCAACCUAUGGAAGAAACGUUUUCUGAUGGAACUAUUACAUUUAAUCUACACCGUUUCCUCAAUGAAAACAAACACAAAGAAAUAUUUGUGUGCAUAGGACUGCAUGAGGGUGAUCCUACCUGGAAAUGGAGUUAUUCUCUGUGGCCCUGGGGAUGUUGUGAGAAACUUGUGCCUUCAAAAACAAUUUUCAGGCCAGAAGAUUGGAUUCGGGUCACGAGUAACAUGUACAACUGGACAGAGAAGUACGGAAGCUUUGAUCCUUUGUUGUGGGAAGCUGUAGCAAAUGAAGAGAUGUGGCAAGCAAGGAUGAAGACCCCUUUUUUUAUUUUUGAGUUGGCAGAAAGGCCAAACCAAGCUGAAUCAGCAACAGCUCAGCUCUACACAUACGCUUACCAGUUAUACCAGGAGAUGGUGAAGACAGAAGAACAUCCAGUCAAUUGGCACAAAAACUACGCCAUAGCAUGUGAAAGAAUGCUACGUAUCCAUGCCCAAGCUGAUGUUGCUGUUGACCCAGAUUUUCUACUGUCAGAAACGAUUAAACAUUUCUCACUCUAUGUGGAAAAAACAGAGGACGAUCCUCAGAAGGAUGCGAUUACACAGAUGGUGAGCCACCUCAAGUCAGAGCUACAGAGAAUGAGAAAGCUGAGCAAAGGUUGACCGAAGGAUUCUAAACUCAUUAAAGGAAAAGGUUCAGUGGAGCUGGGAAUGGAGGCAGAGAAGAGAGAUAAUUUUUCAACAUGAAUCGAUGGCCUCUGAACACAUGGUUACAUCAGAGUCAAAUCAGACAGAUCACCAAGUCUGAAGCAAGUCUGGUCCGAUUGACAGGAAUGCUCAGCCAUAACCAGGGCCACUCUGGUCUGUCUCAUACUGUCUGACUCCUGCUAUUCAAAGUACAGAAUUUUUUUUGAUCUUCUCAUUUUGAUCUUCUCAUUCUAGAGAACAGCCCUGCAGGUAACAACAAGCCUUGGGUAAUGUCAUGACAGCUGUCAUAAAUAAAAGCUUCUGCUUUUA